AAAAGACUUCAUAAGCUGAAGUCUUCCAAUGAAAAUAUAUUUAUUUUCUUAGAAGAAUGGAGUAUUUAUAAAGGAUUAUCUUAUGUGAUUGGUUAUCAAGUUUCAAGGAGCAAGAAGGGGCAAAAGGUGCCCAAAUUCUCUUUGCAGAGAAGCUCAGAAUGUGGCUUUCAAGACUGUUUUCUGGAAGAAAAGGAGCUCAAUAUCCCAAAACCACAACAGCUCUUCACAACAAAGGAUCUGGAGAUUUGAUAAAGGGAGAGAUGAAAGGUUCAAAGACUUCUGGAGGUUUUACAAGUGAUUUCACAGUUAAAGAUUCAUCUGCCUAUGACUUUCUAUGGACAAUAAAAUCAUUUUCAAAGCUUCCAGCUGACAAUGAAAGCAAGCAAACUUCAGGAAGAUUUGAAGCUAAAGGCUAUUCAUGGAAACUGAUAUUAUAUCCCAAUGGAAAUAUUGUGAAUGGUCAAAUUAGUCUUUAUCUAAUGCUAUCAAGAGCAACUUCACAUCCAACCGAAGCAGUUUUCAAAGUCUCAUAUGAACUAUUCCUUUUUAACCAGAAAACUGGAAGCACCUUGUCACAAAAAGGUGAAAAUCUUGUGCAGGUUCAAGAUGAAAUGGGUUUUCGAAAUUUAAUCGAUCUCAAAGGAUUCAAAGAUUCUUCCAACGGAUACCUUCUGAAUGAAAAUUGCAUGUUUGGGGUCAAGAUCUUCCAGGUUGUUCCCAUUCAGACAAACACUGAAUGCCUACAACCAGUUGAGAAGAUCAGCCAUGAAUAUACAUGGAAAAUUGAGAAUUUCUCAAAAAUAGACAAAAAGAAGAGCCAUGAAAGAAAGUUUACUGCAGGGGACUAUCUAUGGUCUAUUGUUAUUCAUCCAGAAGGGGAUCAAAAAAGCGAUAUCAAGGUCAAGGGAAAGAACAUGUCUUUGUAUCUAUAUUACAAUGGAUCUAUAUAAGACGGACCUCCCACGAAGGUUUCAGCAGAAUUCUCCUUAACUAUCAUUGACCAAAUUGGAGGAAAUCAUAAGAAAAAGACAUAUACUGAAGUGUUCAAAUGUGCUCAUCCUGGUUGGGGUAGGACAGACUUCAUUCCUCAUGAGGAUUUUAAUGAUCCAACACUAGGGUUUAUAGUUAAUGAUACUUGCAUCAUCGAGGCUAAAGUUACUGUCCUUGCAUUGGUGAAAUGAUCUCACUUGUUCGUAUCAAUUGAACAUGAAAAGGUAACGCAAUUACCUACUUAUAAUUGCUUUGUUCAUCCUUGCUUCCGUUAGUUUAUGCUUUGUUGUUGAAAUCCACACACGGUUUGUGAUUUAUGUUUAAAUAAGAACCAGGUUAUACUGGAUUGAUAUGUAAAUGUUCAUUUAAGUAAAGAUGUAUUUGCUCCAAAUAUUUAGGUGCUAUGGCUGGUAUCUAGUAGAUGAUUGGUUUUUUGCAGAAAGAUUAAAAUGUAAAAUAAACCAUUUUGCAAUGCUCAAACGUUUUGCAUUUACUUUUGAAAAAGUCAAGGCAAAAUAACAUUUAUGUAGUUCCGCAUAGCCUUGCCAACUUCAACCAUGUUUCAAGUACAUAGUUUUGGGAUGUCCACUAAUGAUCAUAAAAUCAUGAAGCACAAGACGAUUGCAUGUAAAGGAGUGAGGUUUCAGAAUCAUUAAGAAAAACAGUAUAAAGCAAAACCAUAAAUGGAAUCAAUGACUUAAAUUUUACAGUUCUAAGAUUCAGAUAACAUCAACAACAACAACAACAUGACACCUUUAUCCUACUACGUGGGGUCGGCUAGAUGAAUCAUUUUUACAUUGUGUCAUGUUAAGAGUCAAAUUAUCAUUUAAAUCUAAUAAAGCAAUGUCAUUUCUAAUAUUUUCUAACCCAAUCUUUUUAGGCCUACCACUACCCUUCUUAACAAAGACCAAAUCUACUACAUCUACUCUCCUAACAGAGUCAUCGGAAGGCCAUCGUUUUACAUGACCAAGCCUUUAAGAUUCAGAUAACAUCAAAUUAUCACAGUGACCAAUAUAUCAUGCAAGCCCUUAACAACCCUUAACUUCUCCAUUGCCUUAUAUAGGGAUGUCCCGACAAUAACUCCUAUAUAAGAUCAAGAUUUCAAUGAAAAUAAAACUUAAAAUUUGCCACAAAACACACACACACACAAAUGAAAAAUAUACCUUGAGGUUGUGAUACCAUCACUAUUUCGAGAACAAAAAAAUCCUGAGAACUAGCAUGUGCCUAAGCAAGGCAUUCACUCUCAGGCCUCUCCUCCAACUCCUAAUGACAGCUAUCUAAUGGUACAAGCCAACCUCCCAGACCACCAUUUAUGGAUGAGGUUAUAGUUUUUGAAAAGGAGAUAGGAAUCUAGCCCUUUGGGUAAUUCAUUAUGAGUCCACCCACCAUAAGUCCAAGUUAUGUAACAAGCGCUACACCUUUCAUGCCACAAUAUGCUGAGAUAAACCUAAGCUCAUAUGAAUUACAAAUAAUCUUUAGUACUACUUUACCGAUCAAUCCCACUCCUGGUACUUUUAUUUUAUUUAAAUUAAAAAUUUUAUUCAAACAUUAAUAUCUACAGCUAAUAGGGGUUUAAAAAAGCUCCAUGUGAGCAAAGAGCUUAAGUUCAACUCAAUAAAAGUUUUUGUUCGGGUCAUUUUUAAAGGACGAAUUUAAACUUAAACUCUUUUACAAGACAACUUGAAGAUGAAGAAGAACAAGAGCAAGAAUGAAAAUGUUCAUGAUAGGAUAUGGACAUAUAAGAAGUAUUUAUACAUACAUAUACUUUACAGACUUCUUAAUCAUAAAAUCAAAUCCAUUAAUCCAAAAAUUGGCAGUGUUUGAUGUCCAUCAAGUUGGCUUGUUAAUCUGGCUCAAUAAAAAUGAAUUAAACAUGAACAAUCUUUUUCUUCUUGUUAACAUCCAUGUUCACCCCAAUAGUUAUUACCGAAUAAAGCCAAACAAGAUCUAAAUUCAUUCAAGCUUGGUUCAUUUACACCCUUUUAACAGCUAAAAAAGGGAUUGAUCUCAGUAGUGAUUUAUCAUAAAGUGGCUAUACGAAUUGAAAAUUUGAAACAUUGUUAAGGCAUCUAGGAAAAUAAAAGCUUUAAAUGGGACUAUUAGAGUUUCUCAUAAUAGCUAAUAGCAAUAGCAUCAAAUGGCCAUCGGCAAACAUUAACCAGUGCAAACACUAGAGGUAAACAUAGUACAUACAAAUAUGACAAACAAAAAUACCGAACAUAUACCAUGAAGAUUAAUACCCGCCUAAACAAAUAAUUUUACUACUGCAUAAAGCCAAUGAAUAAGAACAAUGCAUACACUAAUAUGUUCUUGUUGGGAAAUUCCUAAGUUAAGGCGAUUGAAUCUACUCCCAAUCCAAAGGAAUGUUUCUGGCAUGCAACAAAAAAUGACCAUGAGUAAGGAUGGCAUGCCCGCCCAUGGCAGUGUACAAUUUAUUGUCAGAUUUCUUCAAAAUCACAGCCAGAAUUUUGUUUACCUAGUUGAGGACUAAAUUAAAGUAAAAUACAAAAUAAAAUCAUUUUCUUUUAUCGUCAUAACCAUACAAUCAAUUGAGGAUUAGUCCAUAAAAAGAACAAUAAUGUUUUUCAAUAGUGAUUUAAAAGGGAUGAGUGUAGGG